GUAGGUCUUAUGAUGUUUCGAACAAUUAAUGUAAACAAUUUCUCAUUUCCUCUCCUCAUUGUUUCAGUAUCCGCUCAAGUGUUUUUAUUUAUACAUUGAGAACUACUACAUGAUGUCUGCCUCAAUAGUUUGGAUUUUGCUCCUAUACACUCUAAUCGGUGUUUUUUCUGUGGCGGAAAGUAAAACGUGUUGGUAUGACCAUAAUGAACACAUCUAUUGCCACGACAGUGAUUGUUGCGGAACAUACAGUAACCCAUACUGUUGCACAAGAACGGGGACGAUUAUCGGUUCUGUGAUCGGCUGUCUGGCUUUUAUUAUUAUAGUAGCGUCCAUAAUCACAUGCUGUUGCUGCGCGUGCUGUCCGGUCUAUCAGUACAGGACACAGGGUACAGCUAUAUCAACUGCUUAUUCAGUGCAUCGAAAACUGAUUUUUCAGAGCAAAGCUACCAGACGAUCCCUGACACAUCCCCAUACCCAUCAAAUUCUGGACCUGACACAGUCAAACCAGCAGGGGAAUACUCGGCUCCACCGCCGUAUCAAGUCUGACGUAUUUGCAGCCGACAAACAUUUGUAUCUACCAGAUAAUUAUACAGUAACCAAAGAAUAAUGUUACAUUUUAUGAUGAAAGUGACUGAAAAUAUUCUCUAGAUAAGGCUUUUUCCCUCAAAAUUUAGUUCAAGAUUUUUGUUUGUCUUUUAAGUUACUAAAAUGCUUGAGAUUAAGAUUUGGUAUUUUCAAGCCGAAGUAUAUAAUUGAGCCACACCAUGAGAAAACCAACAUAGUGGGUUUGCGACCAGCACGGAUCCAGACCAGCCUGCGCAUCCGCGCAGUCUGGGCAGGAUUCAUGCUGUUCGCUUUUAAAGCCUAUUGGAAUUGGGGAAACUGUUAGCGAACAGCAUGGAUCCUGAGCAGACUGCGUGGAUGCGCAGGCUGGUCUGGAUCCAUGCUGGUCGCAAACCCACUAUGUUGGUUUUCUCAUGGCACGGCUCAAUUAAGUAUGAUCGGUACCAUUUUUUUGAAUAGUGUGAUAAUGUUUGAGAGGUACUGUCAUGAAUGACUAGUGACAUGUACCAUUCUGUGUGACAAAUACCACUUUAUUACAUGUUUUUCAGUGAAUUAUCGAAAUAUUAAAGUGAAAUAGAUUUGUUAUUUUCACUGAUAAGAAACUAUAAAAUGAAUAAAUAUAGUCAAAAAUAUGAAAUAAAAAAUGUGUUUGUUUUAUAUGUAAGAUCGAAAUAUCUUUCACCCAUGAACACCAUAUUUUACAUUUUCACUCGAGAAAAUAUUCGUCUGGUGUUCACACGUGAAAGAUAAUUCCAUCUUAUAUACUGAAACAAACAAAUAUCCUCUA